AUGGUCACCAUACUGGCCGGCGUGCGACAAGCGAUAUUUGCUUCCUUACUCAUCUCGCUCGUCGGUGCUGGGUUCUCCGCCGUCUCUGCUAUUCCUGCCAUCUUCUUCCCACACUCGAGACUCCUCGCCUACUUCAACAUGUUCUGGCCGGUCCUUGCGAGCGCAUUCGCCUUUGUCGCCGCCAUCUUGCUGACGGUAGUUAUUUCUGGCGUCUUUCCAGUGGCUGGCGAGAUUGUCGACGUCGCUGGCAUGGACGUCGGUCAAGGCACAUCCGUGCUUUUGAUCGUGUGGCUAGCAUGGGUUCUCGUAUCUUUAUCGGUUGUUUACUGGGGUAUUGUUUGGUUUGUGGAGGUUAGGCAGUCAAGCUUCACAAGGAGGAAGAGGAGCGAUGACGAAGUGGGGAACUGGAAAGGCAUCGGGAGGGAGAUUAAGAGUGACGUGAAAGGUAGCAAAAUAUCAUAA